AAGGCGUUGUUUAUAUGAAGUAUUGGUUAAAGUAUUGAACAUUAAGUUUACAAACAAUUGAAUGAAUGAUUGAAUGAUGUGUUUAGCGAUCGAUGGCUUGAUUUGAAUAUCUGGUGACUGAAUCUUCGGGUCUGACCGGCGAUGCCGUCACCACUCAAUACACCAACAAAUGAGAGACAAUUAGUGGCCAAUGAGUUGUGGACUAUUAAGACACCCGAAGGAGAGAUGAAUGGACUCGAGUUAAGCGCACAUUCAAACGAUGGCAUCGAUUCCAGUGACAGCUCUUCGCUUCACAUCACCUCUCGAUCUAAUCCAUUGAUGACUACAAUCAAUGAGGAAAACAAUCAAAACAUAUCAUCGGAAAGCAAACGAAUGUCUCGAAUGGGACUAAACCUCGAUUUAAGUGAUGGUCGGAGUGAAGGACAGACUCGGAAGAAGAUAUCCAUUGGUUUCGGCGCCAAUGGAGUCGAGGGAAGCAUCGGUUUGACGGACAGUACGCCUCAAGCGAUCGAUGUCUCGGUUCCGGUCGAGAAACAGGGUUGGUUUCACGGAUACAUCAGUCGGACGGAUGGCGAGAAUGUGUUGCGGACGACACGAGUGGGCAGUUAUUUGGUGAGACACUGCUCUCGACACCACUACUCGCUAUCAUUAAAAUGCGUUCGUGGGUUUAUGCACAUCAAGAUUGUGCGACAAAGUGAUGGCACCUAUACUUUCGGCACAGAAAACAUGUCUUUUAACAGUAUUCCGCAUAUUGUUAACCAUUAUUGCUAUAAUCGGCUGCCGAUCGUCGGCGCCGAACACAUGUCGUUAUUAUAUCCAGUUAUCGAUCAAUUGCUCUAA